AUGCUCCUCGACUACGGAGACGGGUCUGAGCCGCAGGUCUGGACGAGUCACCAGCUGGGGUACGACGAGUGCGUGAGGUUCGUGACUGAGAAAGGACCGAAGCUCGGCAUUCGGUCCAAGUUGAGGGACAGGGGCCCGCUGCCCGACAAGGUUAACUUUUUGGAACUGCGCGACCACCAAUACGAGUUAAAAGGCUAUUAUCAGAUGCGUCUCUUUGGCUUCAACAAACUGUCCCAGAGUAACCACACUGUCAACGCCACAGUGACUUCGAUUCCUUGCACGCCCCCUAUACUCUAUCUCAAGGACAGGGCGACACUCUUCUGGGAGCCUAAGACAAUAUGGCGAUCGAUGGAGCUUCGUGUCGAGUCAGUGUGCAAAUUGGUUUGCAACUCGACCCUCUACACGGAGAAGUUCUGGACUGGCAUCGGCAUUGACGAGGAAUGGGGUUACGAGUUGGAUAAAGUUGACAUGAAUGGAUGGGACUGCAGGACGAAGUCUAUCCUGACAGUGCCACCUCUGACACUUAACUAUGGCACUUACAGGUUUACUUACACUGUCCGCAUCACAGGUGACCCAACGGACCCCCUCGACGUGUCCCAGCCCUUCGUCAGGAGCGUCGACACCUUCGUCAGGAUCACGAGGUCGCCGCUGGUCGUCAUGAUGAACAAAGGGGGCGUGUCCAUGAUCACCUUAGGGUUCAACCAGACCAUCGUCAUCAACCCCGGGGAAUUCUCCUACGACCCUGAUUGGCCCAGUGAUAAGGCCUUCAUCUUCGAGUGGUACUGCUACCGCAUCGCCCCAGAUAACGAGACGAUCCCACGUGACAAGCGGAACUUCCCGAUAACCGACCAGAUCUCCAACCCGAUCAUGUCCCCCGACGACAUCUACGAGUACUACUUCGACAACGCGACCAACACCUCCGUUCCGGUUGAGAAGACCGAUUUCGGAGGCUGCUUCGGCGAGGGUCCAGGGCGCAUCAACAUCACGGGCGGCCUCCUGGAACUCAACACCAUGCAACUGCGCGCCACCAACUGCACGUACCGCUUCUGCGCCGUCAUGUACAAGGAGUUCCCGGCGGUGCGCAAUGAGGGGCAGUGGGACAGGGAGCCGAGGAAGGCGGAAGGCUGCAUGAACGUGGGCGUGGUUCCCGGGUCGCCGCCCCUUGUUGAGAUCAAGUGCCAGGUGCCGAAGAUGUGCCGCGUCACCGACAGAGGCACGAUCAUUAACCCCAACAGCAGAGUGGCACUGAUGGGUUCCUGCGCCGACCUGUGUUGGGGGAACCUCCUGUUCUCCUUCAAGAUAUAUGCAGUGAGAGGAGGGGUGCCGGAGAGGAUCGAGAACGACGUCGACUACAUGAUCGGGCACACGAAACCCAACAUGGUCAUCAUCAAACAACUUUUCCUAGACUUCCCCGACGUCUUAGAGUUCCACAUCAAGAUGAACGUCGUGAGAGUGAUGGACAGCGAGGUCGGCGUCGGCACCAUGUUCCUGCUGAUCAACACGCCGCCCGAGGGAGGAACCUGCACGCUCACGCCCCCGCCCAACAGGGUGCUCAUCGUCGACGAGACCACGCCCAUAGAUCCGGAGACAGGUUUUCUUCUCCGCCACGGACGAACACUCACGGAGGACUUCUACUGCGAAUGUAAGGAUUUUUACGACCAGCAGAAGGACAAGAUCGCCAAAUACAGCUUCUUUUUAAAGAACAACGAAUGGGGUUACAUCAAGAACCUCAAGUUUGGCAUCGACAACAAGGACAAAUUUGUCUUUCCUUUAGGUAACUGGACUUUUUGGGUAACGAUCGAGGAUGAGUUCGGAGCUGCCAGAAAUUAUUUUAUUGCUGGAUUCUCGACCUCACUUCCUUCAAGACUCGAGUACGAGGCUUGGACAGACAAGAAGGAGAUCUUAAGGGCAUCUGGAGAGGGGGAUCAGGCCAGGCUCAACCAGCUGCUCCAGGCCAGGACCUCCAUCAAGGGCUUCGUGCUCGAGGAUGAACCUUGGGAGACGACCACAACGACCCCGGAACCGACCUACGCCCCCGACGAGUUCUUCGAGACAACCACGAUGGACCCUGAGGAACUCGCGAGGAUCAGGGCGGAGCAAGAGGCCAAGCUGAACGAGGAACUGACCGAAAGCGCCCAGGAGAUCAAUUCCAUGAUGACACAGCUGGAGAUGAUCAACACGGACACCCUCUCGGACUGCACGCAACUCUUCUCGACCGUGUCUUCUAUCGUCGGGGAUGGGAAGACGGUCGAUAUUAAGGGGAAAGAUCUAGCUACGCAACAGGUGUGGUGUAUUGGUGUUUGGGACUGUGUGACAGGUUCUUGCCUCACAAAGGUGCUGCUGAACAUGACCAUCAGCGAUCCAGCGGAACCUGAGGCGUUUGUGAGCAACAGUAUGCAGUCUAUAUCUUCUAUGACUGCGGGCACGUCAGACAAAGUUCUCGAGGACAACAUCUUGCCGACGGACCUGAAGGCGUCUGUCGAGGGCGAGUAUUCCGAGUACGAGAACAUCGACGCCACCCUCGAGGAGCUAGGGAUUACGUUGGAGGAGGACCCUGUGGUGGAGGAGGAGGUCCUGGACGACGGACUGACCGACGAACAGAGAGAAAUACAGAACAAGAAGAAACUCGCGCUAAAGGUUCAGAAAUACCGCGCCGUGACCCAGGUGCAGAAGACGCUCUCGGCCGUGGAGCAAAUGCAGACGAAGCUCCUACAGGUGGUCUUCCCCGGAGAAGAGCCCAUUUUUGUGAACACGGAGGACGGGCUCGAGAUGACCAUGGUGAUGAUGGAAGCGAAGGAUUUAGCGGGGUACCAGCUGUGGCAGGGGGGAGGCGUCUACGAGUUCCCUGACAUCUGCGACAUCCUGAAGGAGGAGAAGGUGGAGACGGGGAACUGCUCGUCGACGGAGACCGGGAAUUAUACCGUGGGAAUCCAAGCCGUGGCCUGGCCGGUUAUUGUGCAGUCCUUCGGAGACGGCGCCAAGGAGAAGCUGAGUCGAACCACCAAGACGAUGCAGAUUCGACUCGUUCAGCGAAUAUCCGAAACCGAGAUCGAAGUCAUACCCGUGGAGGACCUGGAACCCGAACACGAAAUCAAAAUCUACGUGCCGAGAGGAGGGAGGAAGAGGGAAGGACCGAAGUUAACGGAACCGACCUUCGUGGACCCCAACCACUACCUCGAACUCGGCGUGGAGGACGAGAGUAUGCUGUGCUCCUCCUUCAACGUGAGUCGCGAGUGGUCUUCCAUCAACGUCGAGAUCACAGUGCAGAAUCCAGAGGCAAAUCUCGUCGUCUUCAUAAGGCGUCUGGAAAUGCCGACGCUGACAGAAUACGACCUGGUUGUGAAUCUGGAAGACAUCACUCGGGUUCGCAACGUGACAGAACCCAGGCUGGAACCGUACGACCCCUUCGGAAACGACACUAAUUCCUACAUCUUCCCACUCUAUGACGUGUACCUUGAAGAUGAAUUCGUGACCAACCAGACCGGUUUAUAUUACGUCUGUCUCUCCGAAUUCGCUAACCACACGGAUGAGGAGGGCUUCUGGGCCGACAGCGAGGCCUUCAACCUCACUCAGGCCAACAUCACGAAGGUGUGGAGCACGAACUACACCGUCAGGAUGUACACUUCGUCUUGUCUUUUCUUCAAGGAGGACACCAUGUCUUGGGACAGGAACGGGUGCCGGGUGUUGACGGCCAACGUGACUCACACUGUCUGUUCUUGCAACCAUCUCACGUCCUUCGCUUCAGGAUUCUUCCCACAACCUAAUGCCAUUGACUUUAAUAAGCUCCUGAACAUGAACGCGGCAGACAACCCGACCAUCAUAAUAACAAUGAUAGCAACGCUGGCAGUCUACAUAAUGCUCCUGAUCUGGGGCCGAUUCAAGGAUAAGGAAGACCUGACCAAGCUGGGAGCCACGCCCCUGCCCGACAACGACCCCAGGGACAAGGAGGAGGCGGCGACCAAGAGCAAAGUGCAGUUCAUCGUCUCGGGAGAGAAGGCCGAGACCGAAAUCAGGACCUUCGAAGACCGCGAGAGGACCAUUUUCAAGAGGAACGGCGUCGACAUCUUCGUCAUGGCCGUUCCCGAGGCCUUGGGGAACCUGCAGUUCUUGAGGAUUUGGCACGAUAACAGCGGGAAGGGAGCUGAAGCCUCGUGGUACGUUCGUUACAUCAUCUUCAGGGACGUUCAGACCGGCCAAAAGUACGAAUUCAUUGCAAAUAGGUGGUUUGCAGUUGAACACGAUGAUUGCAAGAUCGACCGUCUUAUCGGGGUUGCCGGCGAUGCCCAGCAGAAGGAAUUCAAGCAUCUUUUCGACACAAAGUCCCACAAGAACCUCUACGACGGCCAUCUCUGGUUCUCCGUCUUCGCCCGCCCCGCUCGAUCCAGAUUCACACGUGUCCAGAGGAUAACGGCGUGCAUGGCCCUCCUGUACCUGAGCAUGACAGCCAAUGCCAUGUUCGACGGGGUAGUGCCAGAAGAACCGGGCACUGGCUCUCUCAAGGUCGGGCCCUUCGCGAUGUCCCCCGCGGCGCAGUCCAUAAGAGUAGAGGGUUGCUGUGAAAGUUAUCGCGACGAUAGCCUUCACAAUCGAAGUGUCAGAGAUCCUACUAAGGCUUUCCGCAAUCCAUUAUUUGUUUACUGCGUAUCUGUUGACGUGCGUUCACCUGUCCCCUCACAGAUCGGCGUGGGCCUCCUCUCCAACCUGGUGACUUUCCCCCCCACGCUCAUAAUCAUACAGCUGUUCCGCAAAGUGUCGCCCAAGUACAAGAGAGUGUCCAGGAUUCAGAAAGCGAUGGAUAAACAACGCGCCGAGAAGAAGCGUGAGGCGGAGGAGAGGCUGAAGUGGCGGCGCCUGCGGGGGGAGGGCGACCCCCAGUUGCAGGCCGAGUCGGGGGAGGUUGGGGACAGGAAGGGCUCCCGGCCCAAGCCCAAGAUCACCAAGAAGAAGAGGAAGGAAUUGCCUUGGUGGAUGCUGUACGUGGCCUGGUUGGUCGCCAUCCUCUCCAUCGGCGCCGGCGGGUUCUUCACCUUCGCGUACGGCGUGACCUUCGGCGAGGAGAAGACGGCCAAGUGGCUCAGCUCCCUCUUCGUCUCCUUCUUCACCUCCGUCUUGCUCACUCAGCCUAUCAAGGUGUUCAUUAUGGCCAUGAUCUUCAGCGCCAUCUGCAAGUCGCCCAACGAGGAGGAGGACGACGCAGAGAACGACGAGAGGGAUCCUGAGCUCGGCGAGGACGAGGAGUGGAUGCAUGCGCUGGGGACAAGUAGUUUACUGCGUUGUGUUUUGAGGGUUAGCGUCAGGGAGGAACGAGUCAAGAAGAAAGCGGAGUACAAACCCGUGGACGAGAAACAGCUGAAGGCCGCGCGAGACCAGCGCAAGAAGGAAAUCAAGAUGUGGGAUAUUAUUUACGACAUCGGCGCCUACUCCUUCUUCAUCUGGAUCGUCCUCAUCCUCAGCCACGGCAACAGGGACCCCAACAGCUUCCUCAUGACGGAGGAACUGACUAACAACUUCGUCUUGGCUUCUCUCGAGACCUACUCUCCGGAUAUCAAUCUCUAUGACGUUCAGAACUGCUCGUACUUCUACCACUGGAUGAAGGUCGUGUUCCUGGAGGAGAUUCUCAUGAACGACAACUACCACGGCAGACUGGAGCCCAAACAUGACAACACCAAGAUGCUUCAUGACCGUGUUAACCUGUUGCUGGGUUACGCCACGCUCAGACAAGUGCGAAUUGAAGAAAAGACCUGCAAAGUUCCCAAGCAGAUCCGCAGCGUGACCAACGAGUGCCGCGACAAGUCCUCCAUCGUGGACGAGGAGAAGAGGGACUUCGACGUCGGGUGGAAGCCCUUGCCGGAGAGGAAGAGGCCCCAGGAGGAGUACACGUAUCGCGGCGCCUUGGAGCUCGAGGGCGUCCCCUUCUGGGGGUCGGUGGACGUGUACGGGGCGGGAGGAUACGUCGUUAAGCUAAUAGGCAGCAAGGAGAAGCUCAAGGCCAAGAUAGAGCAGCUGGAGAGGGACGGCUGGAUGGACGAGCGAACCAGGGCCGUCUUCGUCGAGUUUUCCCUGUACAACGCGCAGGUCAACCUCUUCGCUGCCUGUCGGAUCGUCAUGGAGCAAGGGCCCGAGGGCGCCCUCCACGCCUUCGUCAAGUUCAACCCCAUUAAGCUCCUCCGCUACAGCGAGGGCUUCGGUCUCUUCGUCAUGAUCUGCGAGGGCGUCUUCAUCCUCUUCAUCGUCUACUACACCUACUGCGAGCUCAAGGGGAUGUGCAGGGACAAGCGGCAGUACUGGAACGACCCUUGGAACUACCUCGAACUGGUAGUUGUUGGCCUUGGCUGGAGCGCCAUUGCCUUCUAUGGGAUACGAACCGUGUUGGGCGUCUCCAUCGUCAACAAAUUCAAGGAGACGGGCGGCAGCGGUUACAUUAAGCUCGAGUACGCAGCUUCCAUCGACGAGAUCUUCCUGUACAUCAUCAGCUUCAUGGUUUUCUUUUCGACGCUAAAAUUCAUCAAGCUACUCAAGUUCAACAAGCGGAUGGGGCUCCUGACGUCGACGCUGAAGCAGUGCGCGUCGGACCUCUCGGGGUUCAUGAUCGCCUUUCUGUUGUCCUUCUUGGCGUUCGCGCAGCUGUUCUACCUGAUGCACAACGGGAGCCACAUCGACUUCAAUAAUUUCGUGUCCGCUGUGGAGGCGACGUUCGCGGCGAUGUUAGGUAAAUUCGACUACGAAGGGAUGGUGAACUCCUCCCCAAAGCUGGGCCCGAUCACUUUCUUCAUCUUCGCCUUCUUCAACAGCAUCAUCAUGAUCAACUUGCUUCUCACACUUGUCAUCAGGAGCUUCGAAGAGAUCAAGAACAAUCUUCUGAAGCAAAGCAAUGAGUACGAGAUCGUGGACUUCAUGAUGAACAAAGCAAGAGCCGCUGUCGGUCUGGCGCCCAAGAUCAGUUUCGUGGGUCCUUUGAAGGCCACCACGGAGGAACCAGAGGAAACACCGAAGACGACCGAAGAAUUCCCAGAGAAAGUGGACCAGCUUCUUUCUUACAUCAACGACUUUUACUUCGAAUCGAAGCUCGAUUUCAACAACAAAGAGUGGCUGAAGCAGAUAUCGACGGUGAGGAAAAAAAUCACGGUCGAACAUCCUCCGGACUCCAUUCAGGUUGGCACGGUAAAGGCGCCUCUGCCCGUCAAAGGGCGUCGUCAAGCAAAGGAAACGCCCCCAUGUGUCCCUCAACUCUCGAGCUGGACGAAGUCUAAGUUGGUCGCUGAGAACAAGAGUUAA